AUGAGUCGACAACCAUUGGUGGAAGUAGAGCUGUUUAUCGAUGGUAAAGGGCCGGAGCAUGUUUUCAAGGCCCCGCUUGGGGGCUGGGAUCAGAACCGGCUCGACUUGGAACAGAUCAUGAUCGACUACAAGCUGCGAGCAAUCUAUGCCUACUCGCUGAGUAGUGGGCGAGGCCAGCGGCUGCGCUACAAUCCCAGGAAUGGCCUCUCGAUGCUUCCUUACUCCGGCAAGAGCGAUAGCAUCAUUCGACUCGAUGGCGAUCCAAAGGUUCGAAAGUUCUCCAUUUUAUUUUUCCGAAAGUUCUACCUUGAAUGGAUUUCUAUGAUUUUGCAGAGGUCGCGGCUGGUGCCAGUGAUAAAAAUUGGUGUUGGAAUCGGCUUCAUCGUCGCGAUGGUAACUUGCAUCUUUGUGGAUUUUAGUAGCGACUGGAUCCAGGCUCUACGCAACGCAAGCGCUGGGAGGAUGAUGCUGGUGGUUUGUUUCGUCACCAUGAUCAUCCUCCAGAUCUCGAGACAGGCCAGGUCUCACAAGAAGAGGCUCUAA